AUGGCGCCAAAUCCCGAUGUCACUACGAGAGCGCAGCAGGUGUUAGAGGCGUGGAGCCAGGGUUUCAAUGUCGGGGCGGUGAUUAUUCUGCUUUUGUUGGUUUUGUGCAAUUAUCGCAAGAAUACGCUUUUGCAUAAGCUUAUUCUCGGUGAGGGUCCUCAGCAGCACUGCAACUCUAUUAUAUAUCUCAUAUUUCAUCCACAACCUCAUCGCAUGGCUCAAAAUCCGUCCAUUCCUCCCAAAAUGGGGAGCCCGUGUCUUCAUCAUCUCACUUCUCAUCGUCCAACCCUACUGGGUUCUCGAAACAUGGGCCAACUUUCAGUAUCACAAUCAUCUCGAGACCCCUGGUGGGUAUUCACGACUAUCAAACUGGUCCUGGCCAUCAACGAGAACUACGAGUUUACGAUCCCGGGUCUUAUUCGAACUAGCCCACGAUUUGGAAUCAUGUUGUUCUCUUUAUUCUUGUCCAUCGUGUUCUUGAUUACUGAUGUCAUUUUCAUGAUUGCUGUGUCUAAAAGAGGGGGGAUCAAUCCGUUUUGGAGGCUCGCUUUGGUUUUCAAAUGUGCUUCUGAUGUCAUUUUCCUGGAUGAUUUCAAGAGCGUCCUUGACAGGAUCUCAGAAUCAGCUAUGCGAAAGAUCACAACGUUCGAAUAUCGAGAUCACGCAUCGCCAUCUAUUAACCACCAUGCCUCUGUUGAUUUUUCCUCGCCCAACUUCCAACGAAAAGGCUCGAGGUUUGGAUCAUCUUCCAGAGCAGAAACGGGCUCUAUUCUUCAUCCAGUGGGAUCUCGGGAUGACGGACAUUACGAAUUUGCUUCAAAUUAUAGCCAGGCUUCUGUGGACGAUGGUGCUGCACGGCCAUGGCUCGAAGACGACGCAAGACGUUCUAGCUCUCAUUCCCCGAGACGGAGAGGGGAGUCCCAGGAUAACAUGAUCACUAUCCAAGAGGAUGAUACGACCAUCGAAGCGGGGGAUAUUCCGAUGGAGCCAGUCAGGGCGCGGACAAGGAAUGAUCAAGCACGUUAA